AUGAAAAAGGCAAAUCAGAAUCCAGACCUGGCUAGGACAUUCCCCACAAGCGACGCGCAAGGACAUCGCCGUACACUUGUGAGAAAUGGACGACGGCUACCGUAUCAAGAGCGGAUACGGCUAAGGAAGAUAGCUCAGAGGAGGAGGAGGAAGAGAGUAGAGGAGGUAAAGGCAACAAUUCGGAAAGCCCCCUGGAAUAUGAUGUUUGCCGAUGAUGUGGUAUUGUGUGCGAGAGAGAAGCGACAGCUGGAAGAAGAUCUGGAGCAGUGGAGAUAUGCGCUGGAGAGAAGAGGAAUGAAGAUCUCAAGAUCAAAGACUGAGUAUAUGUGCCUGAAUGGGAUAUCAACUGGGAGUGUGGAAAUGUUGCAGAGACAGUUACCAGAAACAAUGGCAUUUAAGUACCUAGGAAAUACACGUGACAGAUGGAGGAGUCGGGGCAGAAGUAAACCGAAGGAUACAAUGUGGAUGGAACAACUGGAAGAAGAUGUCUGGUAUCCUCUGUGA